AUGCUGCGGUGUUCCUCCCGACAUCUUAUCUUGGCCAAGCUAGGCCGCACAAAACUAGGUGCGGAGGUUCUCACACAAACACGUGUAGAGAUGCGAGAAAUUGAGCACUCUGAUAAUCGUUUUAUUCGCUUCUUAACACGCCGUCGUCCAAUUGAUUAUUUGGCAUUACAAGUAGAUGGUCCUAUUACCAAAGAGUUACACCCGUCAUUCCGUUACGUAAAAUACUUUUGUACUUUUUUAUUGACGGCACCGGUGUUUGUGCUGCUGAUCACGGGUGUACUCUCACCGAGUUAUUAUGUGUUGGUGCCUAGUGGGUUUGUCAAUGCGGAUCAGUUUGCGCGGAUGUGGGAAUUCUCGCACUGGUCUGUUGUGCUGGCUGGACAGAUAUUUAUAUUUCUCAUCUUUUAUGAUCUUUCUGUGUACGUGCGGUAUCCUUUCUUUGCGCACGUGUUGGCGCCGAUUUACCGGCGGUUCGGUUGGUUGAGUGUUCAGCGGCAGCAGCAGCAGCAGCGGGGGGCUUCGCUGACGGUGGAGGAGUUGCGGCGACUGCGGCGGGGGGCGCCGGUGAAGCCGCUGGGAGUGCCGCUGAGUGAAAUGCGGCGAACUGCACAACAACAACAACAACAACAACAGCGACCAGACCCGUUUGGUAAUCGGCGGAAGAGUAAAUAG